GCGAGCGUCACCUGAUGAGGAGUUCCGCACCGUCGUUCACCGCGCACAGCGCCGCGCGCGAGCAGAGCGACCUGCAGAAGACGCUGAUCAAAUCCGCGAAGGACGUCUUCGCGGGCACGUGCGGCGGGAUCACGGUGACGCUCCUGGGGCACCCGUUCGACACCGUCAAGGUGCUGCUCCAGACGCAGCCGGCGAAGAACCCGAUCUAUAGCGGCCCGAUCGACGCGGCGACGAAAGUGAUCAAAGCCGAGGGGUUCGGGGGUCUGUACAAGGGCGUGACGUCGCCGCUCGCGGGGCAGAUGUUCUUCCGCGCCGGUCUGUUCUUCGGGUACGCGCGCGCGAAGGAGGUGGUCGGCGUCUCGCCGGACGAUCCGUUGAGUUACUUCAAAGCCGGCUCGCUCGCGUGGCUCGCGGGGACGAUGUUCGAGUCGCCGAUCGACCUGUUCAAAUCGCAGUGGCAGACGCAGCUGAUCAAGGCGAAGCAGAACCCUAACUACAAGCCGCCGUACGCGACGGUCGCGGAGUGCGUCAAGGCGUCGUUCAAGUACAGCGGCAUACGAGGGCCGUACCAGGCGUUGGGGGCGACGAUGACGAGGAACCUUCCGGCGGGGGCGAUUUACUUUGGCGUCUUCGAGAACACGAAAAACUGGUUCGCCGCGCGGAACGAAAGCGGCGUGGCGAAGGACUGGCAGAUCAUGUUCGCGGGCGGGUUCGGCGGGUUCUUGUACUGGUCUCUGUUCUACCCCGUCGACGUCAUCAAGUCCGCGAUGAUGACGGAUUCCAUAAACCCGGCGGAGAGGCAGUACAAGGGGUUCCUAGACGCGGCGAAGAAACUGCACGCGCAAGGGGGGACGAGACGGCUGUACGCUGGUCUCGUGCCGUGCUUACUGCGCGCGUCCCCGGCGAACGCGGGGAUGUUGUUCACGGUGGACAAGAUCAAACAGAUGUUGGACGCGUGAUGGGGUGGAGGGGUGGGGGGGGGGGAAGCGAAGCGAAGCGAAGCGAAGCGAGAUCUACGAGAGCGAGAGCGGACGCCGCGUCGUUCAAUUUUUUACGUACCACUACAACGUCAGCUC